AUGCCUCGGGUGCGCACAAGGGACGGCUGUUGGACCUGCAGAGAUGCCGGGUAUAAAUGUGACGAAAAGAAGCCUCGUUGCGGUCGCUGCGCCAGACUAGGGAUUGACUGCCAGGGAUACGGAAUACGGUGUCGAUGGCGACAAGUCCAGCCGUCGCUCUCCCCUAAACGCAAGAAACCACCAUCUCGAUCACCGUCCUCUUCAUCUGUAUGGAAUGCUGAUUUCCGCCAUACUACUUCCUAUUUUUCAGCUGCCACGCAGGAAAAUGAGGCUGUACGCACUACAAAACAAGCGAACAGUAGUCUCGUCUUCCUCGGCCUUCACUCCGAUAUCAGUCCCUACCACCGCCGACUGCUACACCACUGGAGCGAAUGCCUGUCCGGCUUUAUUACCGCGUCUGCACGGCAUGGAGAGGUGAACCCUCUCCAGAUCCACCUCGGUGGCACAGUGUUUGUCCCUGGCGCUUUGCAGUCUAUCGUACUGUCGAUGUCCGCCCGCCAUUUGGCUCUGCUGACAGCUGAUAGUUACCUUGAUCUGACAGGCUACCGAUAUCAGCAAAAUGCCAUCAGUCAAUUACAAAAGCUUAUCCAACAUCCUGUCUACUGUUAUUCAGAAACGACCCUCGCCACUGUCAUGAUGAUGUUGGUAUAUUCCCGUCUCUUCGCAGAGGCUCAGGGCGUGUCUUCUGCAAAUAACCAUCUCCUCGGAGCCAAGGCAAUUAUUGCACGAGGUUCAGAGUCAGGAUCUCCAUCAUACUCGCCUACUAGAAGGUUCCUACUAAGUUUAUUUGCGUACCAUGAUAUCCUAUCCUCUAUAUCGCGCCGUGCGAAGCCUUUUAUGGAGUAUGCACCAGACAUAUCUACUAUCGAAGACGCAGCAUCUCUUCACCGAAUAUCGACGGUGCUCCAUCUUGUAGCACGCAUCAGCCAAGUACAUGAUAUGAAGGUGGCCGAAGAAAUCAAACGUUCCAGAGAUGUUGGCCCUGGUGAUGAGUCUGAUCUUCUUGCUGCCGCGAUCGAGAGAGGCCUUCUAGAUCUGGAAUACCGUAUUGAAGACCAAUCUGAUCGAAUACUCCACAUUGAAUAUACCGCGCAAGCUUACCGCCACGCAGCCUUGGUGUAUCUCUAUCGCGUUUGGCACAAUGUCGGCGCGCCGCAUCCGACUACAUCAGACCACGUCCGUCGGUGUCUGAAUUUCCUAUCCCAGGUCCCGACAGACUCCCCACUUAUCUCUGUCCACACCUGGCCACUAUUUACCGCUGGGUGUGAGUCAAUUCUACCAGCUCAGAGGCAAUUUGUUCAGUCUCGGCUAGAUGACAUGUUCGUCGUCCGUCGAUUCCCCUCUUUGAAAAACCUAAAGAGCGACAUUGAAAACGUAUGGAAAGGAAAGAUGCAGCUCAUGAAAUGUCAGGGCUGGACGGCAUGUCGCGGGUGGAUUGCAUCCAGGUUCUUCUGCACGGCCACGGGAGAGAGGCCAAUCUAG